AUGAGUACAACAUUGCAAGCAGAAGAAGAGUUUCCAGUAUGGGCAUUGGUACCCAAAAAAGAAACAGGAGUCACAAACUUCUUGGCCAAAAAUCCGUCUUACGACGGCCGUAAUGUGACAAUAGCUAUAUUUGAUUCCGGUGUUGAUCCUGGAGCUCCUGGUCUUAAAGUGACAAGUGAAGGAAAACCAAAAGUCAUUGCUAGAUAUGACUGUAGUGGUGCUGGUGAUGUCGAUACCUCAACUGUAGUGACACUUGAAGGAAAUGAAAUAAAAGGACUAAGUGGACGUACACUUGUGAUACCUAGUACUUGGAAAAAUCCUACUGGAAAGUAUCAUAUAGGUAUAAAAAAUGCAUUUGAGUUAUAUACUAAAAAUGUCCAAAAGCGAAUUGAAGAAGAAAAAAAAGAAAAGGAUUGGGACCCAAUGCAUAAACCAUUAUUAUCAAAGUCAAUCAUGGAACAACAAAAUUUCAACAAUGAAAAUGAUCCUUCUAAAGUCACACUAACAAGAAGUCAGAAAUUAAUAAAGGAUGACCUAGAUAGCACUGUAGAAGCUUUACAAAGUUUAGAAAAAAAAUAUAAAUUCAUCACCCCAGUUUAUGACUGUGUGGUUUUCCACGAUGGAGUACAAUGGCUUGCAUGUUUGGAUACUUCAGAAACAGGAGAUUUGGCUUCAUGUAAACUUAUGGGAGAAUUUAGUGAAGAUCCAGUGAAUAAUUUUGAUUAUAUCACUGCUUCAGAUCGAAUGAGUUACUCGUUCAACGUGUAUAAUGAUGGAGAUGUAUUGGAAAUUGUAUCUCUUGGAUCAUCUCACGGCACACAUGUAUCAGCUAUUGCUGCUGGGUGUUUUCCUGAUGAACCAGACAGAAAUGGAGUUGCCCCUGGUGCUCAAAUUAUAUCCUUAACGAUUGGUGAUAGUCGUUUAGAGACAAUGGAAACAGGAACUGCAAUAGUCAGGGCAAUGAUUAAAGUUAUGGAACUUAGAAAGAAGUUUAAUAUUGACGUUAUAAAUAUGAGUUAUGGAGAACACUCAAAUUGGUCUCAUGCUGGGAGAAUUGGUGAUAUAAUGAAUGAUGUAGUAGACAAGCAUGCAGUCACUUGGAUUGCAUCUGCUGGUAAUCAUGGACCAGCUUUAUGUACUAUAGGGGCUCCUCCAGAUAUUUCCAAGACAACAAUUAUAGGAGUUGGAGCCUAUGUAUCGCCAGAUAUGAUGACAACAGAAUAUUCUAUGCUACAAAAACUCCCUGGAAAUACCUAUACAUGGUCUUCAAGAGGACCAACAAUUGACGGUGGUAGAGGAAUAAGUGUAUGUGCACCAGGUGGUGCAAUAGCUUCUGUACCUGGAUACAUGCUAAGAGGAACACAGUUAAUGAAUGGUACAAGUAUGUCUGCACCUCAUGUAGCUGGAGCAACAGCUGUAUUAAUAUCUGGACUUAAAGCAAAAAAUAUUGACACCUGUCCUUAUAUGAUAAAAAGAGCGAUGGAAAACACAGCAUUGUACAAUGAUAGAAUUGACCAUUUUUCACAAGGACAUGGUUUAUUACAAGUUGAAAAAGCAUUUGAUUAUUUAACACAAUACUACAUCGAACAAGAAUCAUAUGUUAAAUUUAUUGUAUCUUGUGGUAUCCAAGGCUGUAGUCAACUAGGAAAGGGAAUCCACAUUAGAAAUGCAAUUGAAAACAAGGCAAUUGACUGUAAUGUAACUGUGGAACCAAUCUUUUUAAAUAAUGGAGAUGUCGAUGCUGAAAAAAAAAUAAAUUUCCAAAUGAGCUUAUGCUUGACGAGCGACGUAUCUUGGGUUAGUGUACCUAAAUAUCUGGAACUAAUGUAUAUGUUACGCAGUUUUAAUAUAAAAGUUGAUCCAAGUGGAUUGCAUCCAGGAGUGCAUACGACUACCAUACGGGCUUAUGACACAAAGAACUCGGCUAAAGGCCCAGUGUUUACAUUUGAAGUCACUGUUGUUCGGCCAUUGGUAACUGAUAAUUCCGGUUCUUUGUCUCACAACAACGUUGAUUUCAACGCAAAUUCCCUAAUAAAAAGGAAUUUCGUGUUGGUACCCUGUAAUGUCUCAUGGGCCACUCUUCACAUAAAACAUCUUGACACCGAUGUUAACGCUAAUUUCUGUCUGCAUAGCGUUCAAUUGAUGCCUCAAAAAUCGUGUAAAUCCCUGGAGUAUUGUAAGAUGUUUAACAUGAAAUCAAAUGAGUUUCAAGCACAUUUUGCCGUUGAAGAAAAUGUGGUGUUAGAGUUUGUGAUAGCAAAAUAUUGGUCGAGUUGUUCAAAUAUAAAACUAUCGUACAAAUUACAAUUUCAUGGUGUCAUACCUCAAACGCAAAACAUGGCGAUGUACCACGGAAUGGGUUUACACUCAGUAACUUUGAAGUCUGGUAUAAAAAAUGAAGAAAUUCUACCUGCUGUUUCAUUGAAACAUCUUAUUACCGUUCUUAAACCAAAUGAAGGAAAAAUAACUGCUUUAACUUACCGUGAUGUUAUUCCACCAAAAAGACCAAUCUAUCAGUUAGUUUUAUCUUAUGCUUUCUCUUUGCCAAAAUCUACUGAAGCAUAUGCAACUUGUGGAUUAUUUGGUGAACUUUUGUAUGAGUCUGAAUACGAAUCACAGUUAUGGAUGUUGUUUGAUUCAAAUAAACAAUAUAUUGCUGCUGGUGAUGCUUAUUCUAGUAGACAUGUGUAUAAACUAGACAAAGGAGAUUACACUAUUAAAAUGCAUGUACGGCAUGAACGGCGAGAGUUAUUAGAAAAAAUUAUUGACCUGCCUAUACAAGUAGUUCAAAAAUUACAAAACGCAAUAAACUUAGAUGUCUACAGUAGUCAUCAUCAAGCCACAUUUUUUGGAAAAAAAUGUUCAACUUUUGUCAUGGCUCCUAAUAGUAAUUUGUUCACCCUGAAUAUUGGAUCACUUUCUAAUGAUAAAAUUAUAUCAUUGAAAUUAACAGCUGGACACUGUUUGUCUGGAACUAUAUAUUAUGUCAAGGAUGAAAAUGGAAAGAAAGUUGAUGUUUACGAUUUCAAGUAUUUCAUUACGGAUACAUUUAAAACAAAGAAUGGACUAAAACCAAUUGAAGAAAAUAAAACAAAGCUGGAGGAAUUCAAUGAAGCAAUUUGUGAAACCAAAUUAAAUUGGUUAACAAAAUUAGAUUACGGGGAAGAUUCUAGAUGUUUAUAUGAAAGUUUAUGCGAAGAAUUUGGAGAUAAAAACUCUUCCGUUCAUAUAUCAUGGAUACAAUGUAUUGAACCGGAAGAUAAAAAAAAAUUCCCUAAUUUUUCAAUUAAAGACUUUGAUGUAGAAAAAGUAAAACUUAUAAUUGCUGCUGCCAACCGUGUUCUUUCCAUUAUUGAUCAAGAUGACCUUCUCGUAUUUUAUGGAAUUAAGUCUGAUCAAAGACCUGAAGCUUCUAAACUUAAAAUAUCUAAUGACCGUUUAAAAAAUAAUCUGAUUGAAGCAUUAAGUCGCAAAGGUGCAGCAUUGUGCCAAUUGUAUUAUUAUAACUACGUGAAUAGCAAAAAAAAAGACGCGAAUGACUUACUGGAGAUUGAUGAUAUUUGGCUUCAAGUUACUUGUUUCAUUUCUCCAGAUUCCGAUUCUAAAAGUUUGAAUUAUUUUAAUAUUUGGCAUGGAGCAGUUCAUCAAAAUCAUGGACGUAUGAUGAAAAUUCUGUUGAGGAUGUUGGAGGAUAAAUAUAUUAAAGAAGUUGAAAGUUGUUUAUUGUGGACUGUGAAAGUUAAGUUUGCGGCUGAAGAAUCCAAACAUUUAGCAGCAGCUAUUUCAAAUGCAUUAAUUGUUCAUUAUCCAAAAACUUUCCGUCCAUUUUAAUUUAAGUUAAUUAAUUUUAAUACAUUACGGUUACAUUCUAGAGUAUACCGUAUGAAUAUACAAAGUUUACUAAAUAUAUUAUCCACAAUAUUGUGUUAUUAAAACACAAAAAUAAUCUAAUUAACAUUUUUCAUUUUUAAUAAAAUUCAAUCAUUCUUAA